CACUACGUAGAACACUAACCUCGAAGAGACCCGGAACAAAAACUUGGACCUCGCUCGUUUAGUCUUGUGGAUUUGGCAGUUCCGAGGUAGGGAGCGAAGCGUUACAAUUUGGAUUUUGGAAUUUGCCAGGCUAAUUCAGCUUAAAGAUGGAGCACGGGAGACCGAACAAAGAAUAUGUACCAUCUCGUCAUUUUAGACAUGGGCAAAACCAAGGUGCCACACGGCAGAAGGAUGCCUAUGCUAGGCUUCUAAAUCAGCAUCGAAGCAGUAAAUUUAGGUCAUACUUGAGACAGUUUGCACAGCAGCAUACUCAGAAGACGGAAGAACCUAACAAUGACACACAAGAAUAUUUAUCUGAAAAAGGGGAAAGUAAGGUGACGCAUUUAUAUCAAAAUGGUUACUUCUCUCCUAGUAAGAGCUGUGAAGCAGAUAACACCUUGUCUUCACAUAUAGUCAAACCAAAAGAUAAAUCAGAGGCUGUGGAACUGCAUAAGCAGAAGAAGGUUACGUAUGUCCAAGUACAUGGAAGUAAGAAACCCAAUGUUAGUAUUUUCCAGGAUGGAAAUGGAUUAUCUGGUGGUGACGGAGCACAGACAAACUCAAAGCUUCAAUACCCAGGAAUCCUUCCGUCAGAAGAGUCUAAUAUAGAAGAGCUAGCAUGGCUGGAUAACUCUUCAGGAAAAUUAUUGACUUGUUCACCAGAACAGAGUACUAUUUUUUUUCCUUUCAGUGGUGAAAAAGCAGACAGUGUAACAAAACAAAUGAAAAAGAAAAAGUCAAAAAAGAUGUCGGCAGGAAAGAUCAGUUCUGAGGCUGCUAAAGGGACGUCUGAAGUUUUAAAUAGCGACCUAGCAUCUGCAGGGGAGUCUCAUUUUGCUGAUGGAAAGGCCAAACAGCAGAACACAAGGGCUACUGGGCAAGCUGAAGGUAAAGCCUUUAAUUCAGUCCCUUCUUCUGUUGAAAAUGAUGGACACAGAAAUCGUCAGAGUUGGGGGAAACGAAGACAGAUUUUCGAAAGUUACAUGUCAUUUGAAGAUGUGUCUGCAGGACUCAAAAGAGGGGAUCUUAUCCAGGGCACAUUACGGAUAAAUCCUAAAAAGUUCCAGGAGGCAUUCAUCAAUUCUCCUGAUGGCUCUAGAGAUAUAUUUAUCGAUGGGAUUUUAGCUCGAAAUAGAGCAUUAAAUGGUGAUGUGGUUGUAGUGAUGCUUCUCCCCAGAGAGCAAUGGAAGACUUUAAAAUUAGAUAAAGAAGAUGAGCUUGUGCAUGGCACAACAAAACAGAGCCUCCUGGCAGAAAAUGUGAACUGUAUGAAACACAGUAACAGUGCUGAUGAGCGGUAUAGUCCAGACAUCAUCAUUGAAGAACAAAUUGAUAGUAAUGGGGAGGACCAGGAGUUGGUCAGUGAGAUGCAGAGGAUGCAUGUCAGCACUCUAGCUUGUCCUAAUAAUGCAAGACUGACAGCUUCAAAGCAAGAUACUAUCUCAAGCACAAUCAACCCUGAAAACUUAGAGAAGUUCCUUCAAAGGACUGCAAAGGUUGUGUACAUUGUAGAGAAGAAGCAUUCUCGAGCCGUGACAGGGUUUAUCAAAUUAUUGCCAGAGAAGAGAUAUGCCAUGUUUUCCCCAGUGGACCACAGAGUGCCUCGAGUGAACAUUCCUCUAGCUAGCUGUCCUGCUGAUUUUCCAAUGCGACCUGAAGAUUACUGCAAAACCCUUUUUAUCUGUCGUAUUGUUGACUGGCAUGAAAACAGCAAUUUUGCAGAAGGUCAACUGCUUAAAAGCCUUGGUCAAGCUGGGGAAAUUGAGCCAGAAACUGAAGGUAUUCUAAGAGAGUAUGAUGUGGAUUUUUCAGAGUUCUCGGAAGAGGUGCUAUCUUGUCUCCCACAUGCACUUCCCUGGGUAAUUCCAGCAGUGGAGUACCAGAAAAGAAGAGACUUAAGGGCUGAAUGUAUAUUCACCAUUGACCCAGUCACAGCUAGAGAUCUUGAUGAUGCUUUGUCUUGUAAGCAGCUAGCAGAUGGAAAUUUUGAAGUUGGAGUCCAUAUUGCUGAUGUCAGCUAUUUUGUGGAAGAGAAUUCAGCCCUUGACUUUAUUGCCAGCCGCAGAGCAACCAGUGUGUAUUUAGUACAAAAGGUAAUCCCAAUGCUUCCCCUUCUUUGUGAGGAAUUGUGCAGCCUGAACCCCAUGACAGACAGACUGACUGUCUCAGUCAUUUGGAAACUCUCACCACAUGGCAAGAUCUUAGAUGAAUGGUUUGGUCGAACCAUUAUUCGUUCAUGCAUGAAGCUAAGCUAUAGCCAUGCCCAGAGCCUGAUUGACAACCCAGACAAGAUGUUUCCAGCAGAGGAAAUGCCACCCUGCUCCCCAGAGCACUCUAUUGAUGAGAUAAAAUGUGCAGUUGUCAACCUUCAUGCCAUUGCCAAGCAGCUACGCGCUCAGCGUUUUGAAGGAGGAGCUCUGCGACUGGACCAGCUUAAAUUAUCCUUUACAUUGGAUCAUGAGAGUGGGAUGCCUCAAGGGUGCUAUAUCUAUCAGUACAGAGACAGCAACAAGUUGGUGGAGGAGUUUAUGCUUCUAGCAAACAUGGCAACGGCACAUCGCAUCUACCGCUCAUUCCCAGAACGAGCUUUGUUACGUUGCCAUCCCCCACCACAAACAAAGAUGGUAGAAGACCUGGCUGAAUUCUGUGAACAGAUGGGACUGAAGCUGGACUUCAGCUCUGCUGGUGCUCUCCAUAAAAGCUUGAUUGCAACUGUGGGGACAGACGAAUACUCCAGUGCUAGGAAGGAGGUCCUCACUGCUAUGUGCUCUCGACCAAUGCAGAUGGCAGUGUACUUUUGUGCUGGAGUUCGGCCAGAUAAGUCAUGUUUCAGACAUUAUGCAUUGAAUGUGCCACUCUAUACUCACUUCACCUCCCCCAUCAGACGCUAUGCAGAUGUUAUUGUUCACCGGCUGCUGGCAGCAUCCUUAGGAUGUGGCCAUGACUUCAUCUUGCCCUUAGAAGACAUACAGAAGCAGGCAUCUCACUGCAAUGAUAAGAAAACAGCAUCCAAGCGAGUUCAGGAGCUGAGCACAGAGCUGUUCUUUUCAGUCUUUGUAAAGGAGUGUGGACCAUUGGAGUCUGAAGCCAUGGUGAUGGGAGUCAUGGACAAGUCGUUUGAUGUGCUGGUGCUGAAGUAUGGUGUCCAGAAGCGAAUCUACUGCAAUGCCUUACCUCUGCAAGACUUCACUUUUCGCAAAGUAGGGAAAAAGCCAGAAAUGAAGCUUAUCUGGGUGCCUGAAGACCCAGAAGAGGAUCCUUUGGUGCAGGAAGUUCACAUUUUCACCUUGGUGGAUGUGAUCCUGAAGGCAGAUGAAGGACCUCUCAGGUACAGUGCCAUCUUGAGAAGACCUUCAGCCUUGACAUCUUGAAACACAAGCAUUGAAAGUAAAUAUUAAGAUGGACAACCAAGACGGCUGCAUGAUAUGGCUCAUCAUAUAUAAUUUACAUUUUGUGUUUUUUAAUUUUUAUUUUAAAUGCUAUAGGUCAUGAAUUGAUGUAAAUUUUACUGUGCUAUUUGUCUUUAUUGUUUUGUCCUCAUGAAAUGAAUUAGUGACAAAUUUCAGUCACCUUUAAAGGACCUUUGUGCACGGGGCAUAAGAGCCAAGAGAUCUGCCACACGAUACGCUCAGUUGCACAACAAAUUAAUUUUAUAUUCUACGCAAUCCUAGUCUUUGUCGCUUUUAAACAUAUUCAAAAUCAUUUAAGCAGUUAUCUGGUCUUUUUUCAUAUAUUUCAAAAAGAAAAACAAAUGUUAUGAAAAUGGAGUUUUUUUAUUUUCUUUGUACUUUUACCAGGUGUAUAAACUUUGAUUUUUAUUUUUUUUGGUAAUGACUCUUGAGCAUUUAAAGUAAAAAAGCCUGUUUUUUUUUCAAAGAUGGUAAUAUUUUAUCAAAAAAAAACACACAGAAUAGGACAGAGGAUUCCUCAUACCUAAAGCUGUUUUAUUUUGCUCUUAAGGAAGAGAAGGGGAAACACGUUGGGAGGAUUUCUGGGAUAUUUUUAAACACACCAGGACUACAUAGCUGCUAGUCUAGGACUCUGGCCACUACCUUGUGUUUCAGUGGAUUUUUUUCAUUGUUUACAUUUAGUUCAGACCAUGCUAUAAAAGUUUACAAUUCUUUGAAACAGAAAAUAAAUCCCCAUUUGCUAGCCUGCUGCCAAAGCAGACAGGCACACUGGCAUUUAUCAGUUUUGUAAGUGACAUUGCAAAGAAUGUUCAGGUCACUUUCUAUUGUUUUUGAUGCUGCUUUUUAAAUAGGUCAUACAUGCUCAUAUCUGUAAUACUUGCUAAGAUAUUCUCUCUCGACGGUGCAGCAGUAUUAACUUGGAGGUUCUGCGCUAUCAGGCUGGACGCUGCCAAAGAAGUGGCUGUCAGUACAAGCCUGCCAGGUGAGUCAACAGCGUGGGCUUUGUGAAGUCUGUAGAGCCAAGUGCCUCUGUACCUGGCACUGCCCUCCAGCCCACAGCAGUUCUUGCGACCUGAAUGUAUAUUUGUUUUAGAUGGCCUUCUUCAAGAAUUCAUGAAAUAUAAUUGCAAGGUGUAGAAAUAUUGAAUGAGAUGACAAAAAAAUGCUUUUGUGGCUUUCUUGUCCUCUCCUCUGAGUGAAUUUUAAGUAUCCCUGUUUUUUCUAACAAUUGUUAUUUUAAAAUCCUAAGUACAAUGUAUUCAGUAUUUUUCAGUGAUAGCCAUAAUUAAAUGUACGCGUAAGUUGUUGUGCUUAAGCAAAGUUCAUCAGGAUUGUUUAAAGAUCUCACAGCUUUAUGUACUUUGCUCUUUAUUGUUUCAUUUUUUCAUUAAAGGAGAGGAUUUAUAAAAGCCAAA